ACCUUUAUUUCCUUGAUGCCUCUGACCACAGCUCUUCCCUCAGGGACUAACAUGGCCUUAACAGUGGCAACACAGCUGUUGCUCCUUCUGGUGUGGGGGACUGCAGUAUGGGCAGCCCGGCCUGGGGCUGAGCUUCUCAACGUCUGCAUGGACGCCAAGCACCACAAGGAAAAGCCAAGCCCAGAGGACAAGCUGCACGAGCAGUGCAGUCCCUGGAAGAAGAACGCCUGCUGUUCUGUCAACACCAGCCAGGAAGCCCACAAGGAUGUGUCCUACCUGUACAGAUUCAACUGGGACCACUGUGGCCCCUUGGAACCCGUCUGCAAGCGCCACUUCAUCCAGGACACCUGCCUGUAUGAGUGCUCCCCCAACCUGGGGCCCUGGAUCCAGCAGGUGAACCAGAGCUGGCGCAAAGAGCGCAUCCUGAACGUGCCCCUGUGCAAAGAGGACUGUGAGAGCUGGUGGAGAGACUGCCGCACCUCCUACACCUGCAAGACCAACUGGCACAAGGGCUGGAACUGGACCUCUGGGUUUAAUGAGUGCCCGGUGAAGGACGCCUGCCACCCCUUUUAUUUCUACUUCCCCACGCCUGCUGCUCUGUGCAAUGAAAUCUGGAGUCACUCCUACAAAGUCAGCAACUACAGCCGAGGGAGCGGCCGCUGCAUCCAGAUGUGGUUUGACCCAGCCCAGGGCAACCCCAAUGAGGAGGUGGCGAGGUUCUAUGCUGAGGCCAUGAAUGGGGCUGGGCUCCAUAGGGUCUGGCCUGGCCUGUCUGGCCUGGCCCUAAUAUUGUUCCUAGUGCUCACCUGAGAUCCUUUUACCUUCUGAUACCUGGACACCCCUGCCCAGUUCAGCCCCACAGCUCAGCUCCCAUGCUGGAGACUGUCCACAGCUUGAAUAAACCAGAUAUCCUGCAUGUGUCUUGCAAA